AUGGAAAAGCUCAACGCCAUCUUGCAAGACGCCGUGCCCUCGGGCGAGGACGCCACAGGCAAAGUAUUGGGCGCGGCCUUUAUAGUGACCAACAAAGAUGAUUUUCUGUAUUCCGGUGCUGCCGGACGCAUCGGACUCGACGAUGCAUCGCCGGCCUUUUCGGCAGAUUCCUUUACCUGGAUCGCCUCCAUGAGUAAGGUCGUCACGGCGACGUGCCUCAUGCAGCUCGUGGAUCGCGGCCUUGUCAGCCUCGACGACGAUGUUCGUCCCAGAUUCCCCGAGAUGCAGGCGGCCAAGGUCCUGCGCGGCUUUGAGGAGGAUGGCACGCCCAUGCUCGAGGAAAAUACCGAGCCGAUUACUCUCCGCAUGCUUCUGUCGCACACCUCGGGCUACCCCUACGAGUUCUCCAACCCGAGAGCCCUGCAGUGGUCGCAGCGCGAGGACCGCAAGGACAAGUUCCCGGCGCGCAGCCGCGCCGCCAUCGACACGCCGCUCGUCUACGCGCCGGGCGAGUACUGGAACUACGGCACGGGCCCGGACUGGGCCGGCGAGCUGCUGGCUCUCGUCACCGGCCAGCCACUCGGCGCCUACAUGCAGGAGCGCAUCUUCGCGCCGCUCGGCAUGCAGGACACGGGCUUCCACCCGUCGCGGCUGCCGCACGUGCAGGGCCGCAUCGUGACGGACGUCGUGCGCCGCGGCGGCAGGCUCGAGAGCGAGGGCCCCAUCGUCGAGGACUGGACCAUGGAGGGCGGCGGCGGCGGGCUCUUCUCGACGGCGAGCGACUUUGCCAAGUUCCUGCGCGGGCUGCUCGCGGGACGGCUGCUGGGCGACGCCGCGCUCGACGAGCUGUGCGCGCACCAGCUCUCCCCCAAGCAGGUCAAGGGCAUCGAGGCCUUUACGUACGACAUGGGCGUGCACGGCAUCGUGGCGCCCGAGUUCCCGAGGCACGCGCGCAUGCAGCAGGCCCUCGGAGGCAUGGUCAAUGUCGACGACGUGCCAGGCAAGCGGCGCAAGGGAUCCAUUUCGUGGAGCGGCGCAUCAGGGCCGCGCUGGUGGGUUGAUCGCGAGACGGGGAUUGCGGGCGUCAUGAUGCUCAAUGUCAUCGAAUACGACCCUGCUGCUAGUGAUGCCGGCGCGCCGCCGUCGGGGUUGCUGUGGCAGAAGCUGGAGACGGCAACCUAUGGGGAUCUGUUGAAAUAG